AUGCAAUCAGCUAUAGAGGAAUAUUAUGCAACAAAUUAUUCAAACUGUAAUUUAACAUACAGUUUUCUUGCUUCUUGGCAAUCCAUCAGCUAUACAUCUCAUGUUAUUCAACUUGUCGCAUUGCCAUUACAAAUUCUCGCUUUAUACGUUAUUAUUUACAAGACACCUAUUGCCAUGAAGAUCUCUAAAAUACCAUUGUUGAUUAAUCACUCUUUGUGUGUUAUACUAGACUUUGUCUUCUGCACUCUUUGUACACUAUAUAUAUUUGUACCGAUGUAUGCGAUGUCCGGUAUAGGAGUACUUGCCUGGAUUGGAGUACCUACAUUACUACAAGUUAUUAUAUUUUUUGUGGCAAUGCUCUGUGCCACUUUCUCAUACAUUUAUCUAUUCGAAAGCCGUGCCAGUUCACUGCUUAACAAUAGAUUCCGAAUAACCAAUAACAGAUCAAGAAUCGUUUACAACUGCGUAAUAUUGAUUCCCGUGUUAUUCGCACUUCCAUUUCUCUUCUUUUUUCGUCGGGACCAAGACGCCGCAAAGCUCGAUGCCCUGAAGAAUUAUCCAUGCCCAACUCGCGAGUUUUUCACCACUUCGGUGUUCAUCGCUCUUACUGAUAAGACUCUGAUGAGUUAUGUUUUAGUUCCAUUUUUAAUGGGUGUGUCAAGCGUUGUCGGUCAUUUCCUAUUCCAGAUGGGUUGUCUUGUGUACUAUAUAUAUAUUGUUCCAUCGAGAAGCGUCUCAAGAGAAACACGAGAAAAGCAGAAAACAUUUUUGAUCAGCAUUCUGUUUCAAACGUCAGUGCCCUUUUUUGUUGCAAUUCCAGCAGCGACAGUGUUGUUUUUGUAUUUAUAUGGCUAUUAUUCCCAAAAAGUCAUGAACUCGGUCAUUUGCUUCAUUCAAAAUCAUGGUAUUGUUGAAAGUAUUUGUCUCAUAUGUGUUCAUAAGCCUUAUCGAAACGCUAUCGCAAUAAAAAUCAAAAGCUUAAAGUGUGCAAGAGCAAGAAAUGUGAUCCCUGUCGAACGACUAGAUGGAAAUCUGACAAGAGAAAGUGGCAAUGGCGAUGAUGUUUAA